GGCCAGUGUCACCACCACACCAACUCGUCGAGGAGAGAGAAGGAGGAGGAGGAGGAGGAGGAGGAGGGGAGGAGAGCUCGUCGCCGAUUCGGGCGUGGGGGGGGGGGGGGGGGCGCGCGGAGGGGAGCCGCCGCCUCGGGUGGCCGAGGCCUUGGAAGCCGCAGGUAGGUAGAACCCCCUUGCCGUCGCCGGCCAUGGCAGCGGCGGGGGCCGGGGCGGGGGCGCCGGAUCGGGCGGCGCUGACGGUGGGCCCGGGGAUGGACAUGCCGAUCAUGCACGACAGCGACCGGUACGAGCUCGUGCGCGACAUCGGCUCCGGCAACUUCGGCGUCGCCCGCCUCAUGCGCGACCGCCGCACCAUGGAGCUCGUCGCCGUCAAGUACAUCGAGCGCGGCGAGAAGAUAGAUGAUAAUGUCCAGCGUGAGAUUAUAAAUCACCGAUCGUUGAAACAUCCUAACAUUAUUAGGUUUAAGGAGGUUAUUUUAACCCCAACUCAUCUUGCUAUUGUCAUGGAAUAUGCCUCUGGUGGUGAGCUUUUCGAGAGAAUUUGUAAGAAUGUACGGUUCAGUGAAGAUGAGGCUCGCUACUUCUUCCAGCAGCUUAUCUCGGGAGUCAGCUACUGCCAUUCAAUGCAAGUAUGCCACCGUGAUUUGAAGUUGGAGAAUACACUGCUGGAUGGAAGCCCUGCUCCACGCUUGAAAAUAUGUGACUUUGGCUAUUCUAAGUCUUCAGUUCUCCAUUCACAACCAAAAUCCACUGUAGGAACCCCUGCUUAUAUUGCACCUGAAGUUCUGUUGAAGAAAGAAUACGAUGGCAAGACUGCUGAUGUAUGGUCCUGUGGUGUGACUCUAUAUGUUAUGGUAGUUGGUGCAUAUCCUUUCGAGGAUCCAGAAGAGCCUAAGAACUUCCGUAAAACAAUUCAGCGUAUCUUGAAUGUUCAGUACUCAAUUCCAGAAAACGUGGACAUAUCUCCAGAAUGUAGGCAUCUAAUUUCGAGGAUUUUUGUCGGGGAUCCGUCUUUGAGGAUAACAAUCCCAGAAAUACGGAGCCAUGGCUGGUUCUUGAAGAACCUUCCUGCAGAUUUGAUGGACGAUGAUAGUAUGAGCAGCCAGUAUGAGGAACCUGAUCAGCCAAUGCAAACCAUGGAUCAGAUCAUGCAAAUUUUAACUGAGGCCACCAUACCACCUGCUUGCUCUCGAAUAAACCACAUCCUAACUGAUGGACUCGACCUAGACGAUGACAUGGAUGACCUCGAUUCCGACUCAGAUAUUGAUGUUGAUAGCAGCGGCGAGAUCGUCUAUGCGAUGUAAGUCAUCGACCAACAAGAGAACUGAAGGGGCAGGGUGCCCUGAUGUGUACCUUGUCAAAGUACUAGCAGCCCUUUGUGAAAAGAAUCGUUCUGUAUUUUGCUUAGUUUCUUGCCGUGGAACCCCAGCGAUGUUCCCAUGAACUCAUGAUGCUGUUGUAAUUGAACUGGGGUUACUUCCCUGGAAUAACAGCUUUCCUCCUCCCCCCAUUGCUGAGGCCUGGUUACCUUUAAGCUUCAACACAUGCGUUACAAAUGUGCAAGUUAUUUAAUGUCAGAAAUUUAGAGUCAGGUUUGGGUUUCAGUUUUACUGUACAGGUGGAGUAGCCGUGAACUCUUGCUAUCACAAUGCCUCUCGGUAAUUCCCAGGGGAAGUUAACCUCAAAGAAGUUCUUUUC